CUUUUCCAAUUACGAAUAACUUUAAAUUAAAAACAAAUUUAUUUACAAAUUAAUAUUGAGUAGCUUUAUUUGACGAAGUCAAAAUGGCAGCACUUUUGAAGAAACGCGCACUUGCAGAAUAUAGUUAUGUUAUACAGGAAGAACCAGUGCCAGUCAAAAAGCUUCGCCUUGUUCAGAAGGCUCCAUUACCAGAGGUUCACGUCAAUUUGCAAAGUGCCACUUCAUCCCACGAAGCACUGCUACUGCUGCUCAAGUUUGAAAGCUCACUGCCCAUUGAUGGAGAAGCAGCCAAUGGCGUGGUAGGAGAGUUAUUGGAUCACUACGCUAGAGAGAAAGAGCCGGUCAUCCGAUGUAAAGUUAUCUCUGUGCUGGGCCAACUGUCCAGACUCCCAGGAUUUAACACAGAGAUUGUGGUUGAUACCAUGCUUGUUUCAUGUCAGGCAGAAAAGUCACACAAGGUUUGGAGUCAGCUUCUGCACACAUUAGGAACUCUUGGACUGUGUCAGUCUUUGAAUGCUGGAAUUCGACUACAGCUUGUAGAACUUGCCAGGCAGCACCUGUCAGAUCCUUGUCAUACGGUGAGGAGUGCUUCCUUGAAUAUGAUUGGCUGUCUGGGAUCUGUCGAUCACAAACAGUCGAGUGGUGUUGCGGUAGACUUACAGAGCUUGCUGGCAGAUUUCACGCACGAUCAGGAUCCAAGAGUCAGAACCAGCGCCUUUCAUGCCAUGUUGUUGUUCCAUGAGCGAGGGAUUCAGCUGGACAUCGGGAUCUACCAACAAGCGUGUGCCGCACUGAAGGACGACUUUGAGGAUGUCCGAGACAAGGCUAUCAAACUGAUGUGGGUCCUCAGUCACCUCUACCCAGAGAGCUCUGUUCCAAUCCCUGAUUCCUCUGAAGAUCUUCGACUAAUUGAUGAUGCAUUUGCUAAGAUAUGCAAUAUGGUCAAUGACAUCUCAGUGAAGGUCAAAGUUCAAGCAGCAAAUGUUCUGGGAUCUCUUCAUCUGGUCAGUCCCAAGUUUCUAGAGCAGACGUUAGACAAGAAACUGAUGUCCAGCUUAAGGAGAAAGAAGAGUGCUCACGAGCGAGCGCGUGACCUGUAUCAGUCCGGCGAGUGGUCAACAGGUCAGAAGUGGGCGGACGACGCGCCGCGGGAGGAGGUCAACCCAGAGAGUAUCAGCCUGAUGGCCGUCGGGUCGUGUGGCGCAUUCGUACACGGACUGGAGGACGAGUUUCUAGAGGUUCGUAAUGCGACUCUAGAUUCACUGUGUGAACUGGCUGCCCAGUCGCCGGUGUUUGCUCACAUGUCACAGGACAGCAUCAUCGACAUGUUUAACGACGAGAUUGACAGCGUCCGUCUCAACGCCAUCAGCAGUCUGAAGAAGAUCAGCCAGCACAUUGCCAUCCGACAGGACCAGCUCGAAAUAAUACUCGGAGUCUUGCAGGAUUUUUCGUUUGAGACGCGUGAGACGCUGCGUGACAUGUUGGGAGACAUGAGGCUGUCGACGAAGGACUGUUUGAACGACUGCAUCACGGCGCUGCUAGAGAACCUCACGCGGUACCCGCAAGACAGACUGUCAGUCUGGAAGUGUGCUCGGAAUCUUGGCCGCAAUCAUCCUCCCUUUACCUUGACCUUGGCUCCAGUGUUCCUGUGCAUCCACCCGUACUUCAACACACCCGAACCCAACAUGGACGACCCAGCAUACAUCACAAUUCUUCUACUGAUUUUCAAUGCCGCGACGGACUGCCCCACGCUGAUUCCGUUGUUUCAGGACCACAUCGUCCGUCACUACACCUACCUGCGAAACAGCAUACCAGAUCUUGUUCCCAUUCUAAAGGCAUUGGAGGGUGCGACUGUCUGCACUGACCAGGAUCCAGUGGACUCCAGUAAGAAGAUGUCCACGUUUCUCCGCCAGACGGUCAACCGACUGAGCACGUUACACGUCAUGGACAACUCGACCGCGCAACAGUUACUGGAGAUCACCGUCAGAGAUCUUCAGAGAAUCGCGGAACUCGACUCAAGCGUGUCGUCAUCAGCGGAGUGUAUCUGUCUCUUUUUACAGAGUCAGCUCAUUCUUACUCGGUUGCUGAGCCAAAUGAAAAGUUCGUUUGGGGGUCUGACUGCUUCUGAUAACAUUCUUGCUCCAAUAGACAAGAUUUUACAGCUGACGACCAAACUUCAGACUGUGUAUAUGGGAAUCACGACCCAGGAGCUCGGGCUGAUUCGACAGACAGAACUCAAGGCUCUCACUCUUCAGCUGCGGGUGACGCUCAGUAAAGGCUCGCUGUUCGACCAGUUCCGUGCCAGCGAGAGCUACAUGCAAUAUCUCAGACAGUUCAGCAAAUUCACUGAAUCGAGCGACAUAUCGACAGACACGUUUACGAGUCGUAUCCUGUCGUCGAUGGGCGCCGCGGAUGCCAACAAGCUGAACACCGUGCGGAACCUCAUCCAGUCGGCCAUGCCUCUCGUCUGUAUCAGCUCGUUCCCGCUCACCUGCCAGAUCAGGAAGGCCACCGUCACGGUGCACGAACCGCCGCAGUUGUCCGAAAUUCCUAUCAAAUUUGCCGCAGGAUUAACGGCAGCUAUUCCCGUCGACGCGACAGUUGAAAAUAUUGCUAAUAUUCAGGAUAUAAAAAUUCAGGUGCGUUACCCUGACCAGCAGCUUCAGGUAGUCACACCGAGACACACGGACUUCAAGAAACUCGGACCUCUCCGACACCGACUGUUAACCAAUGUGCUCAUAUCUCACGCACUGUGGUCAGAAUCUUGUCAUGUUGAGCUCACAUUUGUUAUGGAGUCUGUUACUCAAGGGAAACAACUCCGUAAACAACAGGAUCUUGUCGAACUGUGUAAGCCAGUCAAAGUUCUUGUUUCAACAAAGGCUGCAAAACGAAGUUAGAAGGCAAAAUAAAGUGUGUAGUAAGUUUUACCUGACAGAGAUAUCACAAGCCUACAAAACAGAGUUGAGACAAGCAAAAUAAAGAUGUUGAUAGCCCAACUGUUAUGGAUAGUGGGCAGUGAGCUAUACAGGAGAAAAAUACCACAGUUGUAGUUGAACUGUGCAAGCCAAUCAAAGUUCUUGUUUCAACAAUUUGCAAAACGGAGUUAGGUGGCAGAAUAAAGAAGUCUCUAAUGGCACGAAUGUUUGAAGUGUGCAGUAAGCUUUACCUGACAAUGAUAUCACAGUCGUAAUCGAACUGUGUAAACUAGUCUUAAGUCCUUGUUUCAACAGUUUGCGAAACAGAGUUAGGUGGCAGAAUAAAGAUGAUUUUGAUGGCCCAAAUGUGUGAACAGUGUACAGUGAGCUUUACCUGACAAAGAUAUCACAGUCGUAAUCGAACAGUUUGCGAAACAGAGUUAGAUGGCAGAAUAAAGACGAUUUUGAUGGCCCAAAUGUGUGAACAGUGUACAGUGAGCUUUAUCUGACGAAGAUAUCACAGUUAUAAUUGAACUGUGUAAACUAGUCUUAAGUCCUUGUUUCAACAGUUUGCGAAACAGAGUUAGGUGGCAGAAUAAAGACGAUUUUGAUGGCCCAAAUGUGUGAACAGUGUACAGUGAGCUUUACCUGACAAAGAUAUCACAGUCGUAAUCGAACAGUUUGCGAAACAGAGUUAGAUGGCAGAAUAAAGACGAUUUUGAUGGCCCAAAUGUGUGAACAGUGUACAGUGAGCUUUACCUGACGAAGAUAUCACAGUUAUAAUUGAACUGUGUAAACUAGUCUUAAGUCCUUGUUUCAACAGUUUGCGAAACAGAGUUAGGUGGCAGAAUAAAGACGAUUUUGAUGGCCCAAAUGUGUGAACAGUGUACAGUGAGCUUUACCUGACGAUGAUAUCACAGUCGUAAUCGAACAGUUUGCGAAACAGAGUUAGGUGGCAGAAUAAAGACGAUUUUGAUGGCCCAAAUGUGUGAACAGUGUACAGUGAGCUUUAUCUGACGAAGAUGUAACUGUUGUAGAGCUUGGUCAGUAAACAGUAAAAUAUUCGACUACUAAACAAUAUCCUGGGGCCGUUAACAAGAGGACAGGACGUAGCCCAGUGGUAGAGCACUCGCCUGAUGUACAGUUUGAUCUAGGAGCGAUCCCCUGUUGGUGGAUCCAUUGGGCUAUUUCUCAUUCCAUCCAGUGCACCAUGACUCUUACAACAAAAGGGCCGCGGUAUGUGAUCUCCUGUCUAUGGGAUGGCGCAUAUAAAAGAUCCCUUGCUGCUAAUCGAAAAGAGUAGCCUAUGAAGUGGUGACAGCGGGUUUCCUCUCUCAAUAACUGUGUUGUCCUUAAUCAUAUGUCCGA